AUGGCUGGUUCAUCAUCAGAUGAAGAAGAGAGAACGAUCCUUGAUUCUCAAAUGGCUUUCUCUAAUUCAUCUUCCCCAGCUCGCCUGACCCUUUGGCGUCAGUCCUUGCUCUUCAAUGGUAAUGGUUACACAGUCUAUGAUGAUUUGGGUGGUGGUUUAGUUUUCAGGGUUGAUAACUAUGCCUCCAACUGGAAGCAGGAGAUGUUCCUCAUGGAUUUCUCCGGCCAUGUCUUGUUCACCAUCUGCCGCCGCAGUAAUAGUAACAACAGUAAUAGUAUAUCACAGUUAAUUUGGAAGAAACUUAGUAUAUUGGAGAGUUGGGAAGCAUUCAAGGGUGACAAAGAGGAAGGAAUAAGAUAUGGUAGUGGUCUUCAGAAGCCCUUCAUGGUAGCAACAAAGGCCUUCAGCAACUCUUGUUGCAAUAUAACAGUAGCCACGGGAGAUAAGUACUUAAUUAAGUGGUCAUGUCGAGAGGGAUGGUCAAAGAUCUUCCCGGCGGCGGCAGCAGCAGCUACAUUACCAAUAGCCCAGAUUAGCAAGAAAUUUGGGACACCACCGGAAUCUUCUUCGCUAGGAAAAGAUGUCUUUACUCUGACUGUGCAGCAAGGGGUGGAUCAAGCUAUAAUAAUGACGAUGGUUAUGAUCAGUUAUGCUAUGAGAUGA